AGGCCAAGAGUUCUUUUGAUCCCAACAAGUCCUACCAGGAGAAUAGAUUUUGCUCCUGUUCUUUUCUUCUUUUUCUUUUCUUUCAUUUUGGGUUUGGAUUCUUAGAGUAGUAAGAAGUUUAGAUAUGGCAAUUGGGCAGUGCAGAGAUGUUGAGAAUGGGGGAACCAAUAGUCUUGAGGAUUUGGAACAGCCCUUUAUCAAACAAGAGAAGAAGAUUGUUGGUAAUUAUGAAGGUGGUAGUACUGGUUCAAUUGGGAUGGUGUUGCUUAGCACAGGUGUUGCUGUUUGUGGCUCUUUCGAGUUCGGAUCAUGUGUGGGCUAUUCAGCACCCACUCAAUCAGCUAUCAGGGAAGAUCUCUAUCUCUCUCUAGCUCAGUUCUCCAUGUUUGGCUCUAUACUGACAAUUGGUGCAAUGCUGGGUGCUAUAACGAGUGGUCGUAUAGCGGACUUUCUUGGUCGAAAAGGGGCAAUGAGAAUGUCAGCUACUUUCUGUAUUACAGGAUGGCUAGCCAUCUAUUUCUCUGAGGGAGCUCUGUCACUUGACAUCGGAAGGUUUUUAACUGGAUAUGGAAUUGGAGUUUUCUCCUAUGUGGUCCCAAUAUUUAUAGCAGAAAUUGCGCCCAAGAACCUCCGUGGAGGGCUUACAACACUAAAUCAGCUCAUGAUUGUUACUGGAGCAUCAGUUUCAUUUGUAAUAGGAACAAUUAUAAGUUGGAGGACACUAGCUAUGACUGGAAUCCUUCCCUGCAUUGUCUUGCUUGUUGGACUAUGGUUUGUUCCUGAGUCCCCUAGAUGGCUGGCAAAGAUUGGCCAUGAGAAAGAGUUCCAAGUUGCACUACAAAGACUCCGUGGAAAAUAUGCAGAUAUAUCUGAUGAAACAGCUGAAAUAAAAGAAUAUAUUCUCACGCUACAAAGCCUUCCAAAAUCAAGAGUGUUGGAUUUGUUUCAGAGCAAAUACGUUCGUUCUGUGAUUAUUGGGGUUGGGUUGAUGGUAUUUCAGCAGUUUGGAGGUAUUAAUGGAAUAGGAUUCUAUGCAAGUCAAACCUUUGAAGAAGCUGGUAUCUCGAGCAAAAUUGGAACCAUAGCUUAUGCAUGUGUUCAGGUCCCAAUUACUGUAGUGGGGGCAAUGCUGAUCGAUAAGUCAGGAAGGAGACCUCUUAUAAUGGUUUCAGCAACAGGGACUUUCCUAGGCUGUUUUCUAGCAGGAACUUCUUUCUUUCUUAAGGAAUAUGGUUUGCUGCUUCAUUGGGUACCAACAAUAGCUGUGUCUGGUGUGCUGAUUUACAUUGCAUUUUUCUCGAUCGGAAUGGGAGCAGUUCCAUGGGUGAUAAUGUCUGAGAUCUUUCCAAUCCAUGUGAAAGGAGCUGCUGGUAGCUUAGUGGUUCUUGUGAACUGGUUGGGUGCUUGGGGAGUCUCUUAUACUUACAACUUCCUUAUGAGAUGGAGUUCCUAUAGAACUUAUUACAUGUAUUCUGGAUUCUCUUUGUUGACUAUCCUAUUUGUGGCAAAGUUGGUGCCAGAGACCAAAGGAAAAACACUAGAAGAAAUACAGGCAUGCAUCAAUUCAGACAGAAGAGAACAAGAUAUCUUGAACUGAUAACACUUGGAGGUUUCAUAGCUCAAACUAAAGUAGUUUCUCCAUUUUGAUUCGGAGGUGAACUUUCACAUAGGAGGGACUAGAGCUAUAAGAAGAUGCCAGCAAAUCUCGUUAAUCAUGUCAUUCAUGUGUCAAGUUCAUUGGUAGUCUUCAACCUAAAAUAUGCAAAAUAUGUUUGUAUUGUAUCACUUUGGUGGAAAGUGGUGGAGAACAAGUUUGAUGCAGUCUAAAAAUAAAGAAUCUUAGCUUUCACUCUUUC